GGCUGAGGGAAUUAAAGGUCAGGGCGUAGGGAAUUUGGGAUUGGGAUAGAGAAAUCUGAUUUAGGGGCCAGGCACUGAGAAAAUGAGGAGUUUGGGCAUGGAAUUGUGAGCUAGGGUGUAGGGAGUAGGUAGGGGUUGGGCACCGAAGAAAUUUGAGAUCAGGGCUGAGGGCCUAGAAAAUUAAUUGUUGGGUACUAAGAAAAUCAUCAGUUGGUGCUGAGGCAGUUCUGAGUUGAGGUGAGGGAAUUGGGGCUAAGGGAAUGAAGGAUUGUGGGUGAUGGUUUGGGUCAUGAGGGAAUUAGAGGGUGAUGGAUUAGGUAUGCUGGGGCUGAGGGCAUUCGGCAUUGGGGUGAGGGAGGGAAUAGAGCAUUCGUUAGAGGGGUUAGGAGCUGAGAGAAACUGGGUGAGAGGAUGAGGGAAUGAAGGGUUGGAGAGAGGUUGGGACUUAGAGGAGUAGGUGUGAGGUAAGGGAGUAGGGGCUGGCGCUUGAGAAUAAGGCGUUCAGGGCUAGGUUGUUGGAGGCUGAGGGAACUUGUGAUUGGGCUAGAGAAUUAGUGAUUGGCCCUGGGGAAUUGGGGGUGGGAGCCAAAUUAAUUAGGAAUCGUGAGUGAGGGGAUUAAGGUUUGUUGGGUUUGAGAGAAUUAAAAUUGAGUUGGGGAAUGACAGAAUUAUUGGUUGGUGUUGAGCAAAUUAAAGAUUGGUGGUGUGGUAGUUAAGGGGAAGUUUAAGGGAAGUAGUGUUUGGGAACUGAGGGACUUAGGGGUUAUAUAUGAGAGAAUUGGGGUUUGGGAUGAGAAAGUUAGGGCUUGUGGGUGAGGCCAACUAGGGAGUUGGGAGCUGAGAAAGUUGGGUGUUGUGUGGGUUGAGGAAAUUAGGAGUUGGAGGCUGAGAGAAUGUGUCUUUGGGGGGAUUAGGGAUUGGGUUUGAGGAAAUGAGUUCUGAUUGAGAGACUUGGGGCUACAGGCACUAGAGAGCUUCAGGAAUUGGGGCUGGGGAGUUCAGUGAAAGGGAAUGUAGUGUGAGAGAAGGAAAGACUUGGAGCAGGGGUAAUGAGAGCUGAAUGGAUGGAAGACUGAGGCUUGAGUGUUUGAGGAGUUGAGAAUAGAUAGAUAAUGAUGGGCUGUAUGGGUGUGACUGAGGGGCUAGUGAGACUGUAGGUCUCUGGAAUGAGGGCCUGGAAGGAAUAGAGGACUAGGGAGUAAUAAUGGGCUGAGGGGACUGAUGGUUAAAGGAAUAGGGGCUGAAAGAAUAGGACUGAGAGCAUGAGAACAAGGAUUGGGGAGUUGGUGGACUGGAGGGGCUGGGAGCUAAUUAAGGCACUGAGGGGGAAAUGAGAAGAGGGGCAGGGACCUAUGGGUGUUCAAUGUGCUUAUUCUGCCCACUCUGCAAGACCCCUUUCAUUUACUUUAAUAUGCAUACUAUGGAAGUUUUAUAGGUGUAUUACUUUCCCAAGGUCUAGAAGAUUUUCUCUAAAGUAGGCUCUGAAGUACUGCAAUGCCUGGAAACUAAAGAUGGUGCCUGCUGGAAAAAAGCUUUCUGGGAAAUCUGGGAAGCCAUCAUUGGUGGAUCAGCCUAAAGCCUUUGACUUUGAGAAAGAAGAUAAAGAUCUGACUGGUUCAGAGGAGGAUGUUGCUGAUGAAAAGACUCCAGUAAUUGAAAAACAUGGAAAGAAAAGAUCUGGAGGAAUAAUAGUUGAAGAUGUGGGAGGUGAAGUGCAGAAUAUGCUGGAAAAAUUUGGAGCUGACAUCAACAAAGCUCUUCUUGCCAAAAGAAAAAGAAUAGAAAUGUAUACUAAAGCUUCUUUCAAAGCCAGUAACCAGAAAAUUGAGCAAAUUUGGAAAACACAACAAGAGGAAAUACAGAAGCUUAACAGUGAAUAUUCUCAGCAAUUUUUGAGUGUGUUGCAGCAGUGGGAACUGGAUAUGCAGAAAUUUGAGGAACAAGGAGAAAAACUAACUAAUCUUUUUCGUCAACAACAGAAGCUUUUUCAGCAGUCUAGAAUUGUUCAGAGCCAGAGACUGAAAGCAAUCAAACAGCUACAUGAGCAGUUCAUAAAGAGUUUGGAGGAUGUGGAGAAAAAUAAUGAUAAUCUAUUUACUGGCACACAAAGUGAACUUAAAAAAGAAAUGGCUAUGUUGCAAAAGAAAGUUAUGAUGGAGACUCAGCAGCAAGAGAUGGCAAAUGUUCGAAAGUCUCUUCAGUCCAUGUUAUUCUGAUGAGUCUUUGAAGAAAGAACUUGAACCUAUGUAAUAUGAUACAAUUAAAACAUUAGCUAUGACAUGCCUUUAGAAAUUAUAGUUUAAACUAUAACAUCCGUAAUCAUUAGCUCGUUUAAGUGGAAGACUUUUGUUCCUGUUAACCUCUAAAUAAACCUAAACAGCUGUGUAAGUAGCAGUUAUUUCAAUGUCCACUACUGUCACAAUAAAAAUGAUUUAAAUUUAA